AUGAUUAUUUUUAUUGCAUUAGUGCAAAUUACUUUUUAAAAUGUGAUCUAUAAUUUUGAUGCGAAUUUGGAAGAAAAGGAUGAAUGGUCAAGCAACUUGCAAUUUGUGUCAUGUAGUUCGUAUUAGUUUUUGGGGUCCUGUUGUGAGAUGUCUGUAAUUAGUAGAUUGUUUUUAAAUCUAGAGACUCAUUAUGUAAUUAAAAUGGAGGGUUAUUUUCUAAGAUAAGAAGUAGAUGAUGAAUUUUUAUUCUUUCUUGAUGGUUAUUAGUUAGAAGUUAUAUUGAUAAGCGAUUUAGAGGUAAAUAGCGAUUGUGGGAGGAUGAUGCUAUCAAAUAUUUCAAUUAUUCAUUAGCAUAACAGAAGGACAAGCUUAAUUUAAAUAAUCCAACCUGCAGGAGGAAUUAUGAAACUAUAAAUAAGUAUACUGAAUUGUUAGGAAGAAUGCAUUGGAUGUAUUUGGAAUUAUCCAAUUAAUUGUGAAAAAUGGAUUUUGCACUAAUAUUCAUUUGAUUAGAAAUAGAUGACUUAUUCUGACGGAUGGAAUGCUGUUCUUAAUUAUCAUGAGGUAGGAUGCGAUGGUUGUUAAUAUUUAAAGUUUAAAGAUAUUUCUUACUCAACCCAAAUACCAUCUCAUUAAGAUAUAUUAAUCAGGUUUUAUAAAAGGUCAUUGAAUUCUCUUAUAUUGAACUAUAUGUAUGGAGAAGUAUGGAUUGCUUUUGGUGAAUAUGUCGUUGAAAUUUUUUUAUAAAAUUACCCAACUGAGAUUUUGAACCUGAAUAUAAAAUCAGAAGAUAUUACUCAAGAAAGUUUGAUUAGAGAUUUUGAAAUAUAUUGCACAGUGCCAGAAACCCACAUUUUAGAUCUAAAUUAAGGCUGUUAAGACUAGAUAGGAGAUCGAUGUCUCAAUUGCGAAGAUGGUUGGGUUUUAGAUGAAUUUAAAUAAAGUUGCAGUCCUAUCUGUGGGGAUAUGAUCAUCAAUGGGGAUGAAGAAUGCGAUGAUGGAAAUUUGAUAUCUUAUGAUGGUUGUUUUUAAUGCAAACAUUAAUGUAUUGAUUCUUGCAAAACUUGCAUUUUAGGAAUUUGUAAACAAUGUCUAGAGGGCUUUGUUCUUAAUUCAAAUAAUGAUUGCGAUCCGUAAUGUGGAGAUGGCAUUGUGAUUCCUUACUCAAAUGAAUAAUGUGAUAUUAAAGAGGAUGAAGAUUAGGGUGGUUGUUAAAAUUGUAAAUAUCCAUCAAUACCUAAUUGUAAACAAGAAUUUUUUUCUAUUUGUUUAGAGUGUGAAGAUGGGUUUUUCUUUUUAAUUGAUUAAUGCUACCCUAAUUGUGAUAAAAUUAACUUUCUUGAAUAAAUUGAAAAUUGUGAUUGCAUAUAGGAUGGUAUUAUUUUUCAUCCAAGAAAAUGUAGGUUGGAAUGUGAAUAAGGAUACGAGUUUAUUGAUUAUAGUUGUCAUUCUGUUUGUGGAGAUGGAUUGGUUUAAGAAUAAGAGGAAUGUGAUGAUGGUAAUGAAUAAGUUGGCGAUGGUUGCUUGAAAUGUGAAAUCGAAAAAAAUUGGGUUUGUAACUCAAUAAUGAAAAAUUCUCCUAGCUAAUGUAUACUUGUAAAGGCUCCUCAUUUAAUAAUUAAUUACCUCAAUAUGACUUAAAAUAAAUAGUACAUAAGCAUUAGAUUUAACGAAUAGGUUAAAGUCAAUACUACUAAGCUUCUAUCUAAUACUAUUUCAUUUAAAUUAAUUAACAUAGACAAUUAAAAUUGGAGAAGCAGCUUUUAAAUUAAAUAAGAUGUAGGAUCUUACGUGACUUUUGGAGAGUAUGUUCUAGAGAUAGAAGUGCUUUAAUUACUUGAUUUUAGACCGACCUUGCAAAUCGAAUUAAAUCAAUCGGUUUCUAAUAUUAUUAAUGCUGAAUUAGAGGAUUAUACAAAAUUUCUAACUUUAGAUUAUCCAAAAUAUCUAAAUGAAUAGCAAAUGAAUUAUUCAUAAAAAUUGAAAAAUACUAAUAUUUACCUAAUUUACGCAUUGUCUGCAAUUACUGCACUAAGUUUAUUAUUUGGUACUGGAGAUCUUUUUGUUGAAGUCCUGGCAAUUUUAUAAUAUUUAUAAUACUUAAGAUACAUAAAUCUAAAAUAUCCCUAAAACCUAGAAAUAUAUUUUUCUAUUAAUGAUUUAUUAUCAAUCGAGCCAUUACUAAAUUUUAUUCAUUUUGAUUUUUUCUUUAAGUUUAUUAAUAUCUAAACGGACUAAGAAUAUUCAGAAGGAAAAAUUAAAUAAAAUUCUAAUUUGAUAAUUAACCUUUCAUCUCAAAUAAUUUAAUGCGCUAUUUUUUUACUUCUAUUUUUAAUUUCAAAAUGGAUUAAAAAAGUGAUUUACAAUUGGAUAUUUUGCACUGGAUACUUUGAAUGCAUGUCAUCCUUAUCUAAAUAUAUGAGCCCAACCAUAAUGACUAAGUUUAGUUAACUAUUUUAUGAUAAUUGCUUAAAUAUAAUUGAGUUAGAGCAUUAUAUUUCCUUUUCAGGAUUAUAAAAAGCAUUAUUACUUAAUGGUUGGGAUAUGAUAUUUAAAAUAUUAUUGUAUACUAGAAACAUUUAAAUUAAUAAUUAUUUAGAUAUUAGCCAGAUAAUAAUAGUAAUCAUAAUACUAAUCUUAUAUUUUGUAGUAAUAUUGAAUAAUUUCGGAGGUAGAGUACCGAAAUAAUAACCCUAAAAACAGAGAAUUUUUGAAAUUCUUAAUUUUGUUAGGUAAUUCCUAUUUUUAUUAUUUUUGAUAUAUAUAUAAAGUUCGCAACUGCUUUAACUAGGAUUGCUUCUUUUAACAAAUAUUUUUGAGAUUAACAUAAUAUUUAAUUAUCGUUAUAUCUUCAAUAAAUAAAAAUAUAUUGUAUAAAUGGUAAUUGAGAUAUCAGUAUUGAUAUUUAUGCUUAGUUCAUUCUUCUACAUUGAAGAGUUUAAUUAAUACAUUAAUGAAGCUUAAAAGAUAUUAUUAGGAUGGUUCUAGGCAAUCUUAUUAUCCUCAGGAAUUAUAAUUGAAUUGCUGAUGGUUAUAUAUAAGUCUAACAUUAUAAUAAGAUAAAAAUGCAUAAACAAAUAAUCGAUUAAAUAGUAAUCAAUAACUAAAAAUCAUGUAGAGGAAUAAACGGUCUGGCAGAAUAAAAAGAUUUUAAUCAAAUUUUGA